AUGAUGAAAAGUUCAAUUGUCUCUAGUUCACAACCACGAUCUGUCGCUGUCAGUGAUUUUAACAAUGAUUAUCAAAUGGAUAUUGUUGUAGCCAAUUCUGGUACAAAUACAAUUGGAAUAUUUCUUUUACAAGAUAAUGAAACUUUUACAAAUCAACAAAUAUAUCCAACUGGAUUCGAUUCACGCCCUUAUUCACUUGUUGUUAAUGAUUUCAAUAAUGACAAUUAUUUAGAUAUUGCUGUUGCUAAUUAUGGUACCAAUAAUAUUGGAAUAUUUUUAGGAAAUCAAAAUGGAACGUUUGCUAAUCAGAAAGUAUUUUCACUUAAUUCUUCUCGUCCAUUUUUUAUUACUAUUGGUGAUUUGAAUAAUGAUAAUCAAACGGAUAUUGUUGUAGCUAACUAUGAUACUAAUAAUGUUGGUAUCCUUCUUGGAAAUGGUGAUGGAUCUUUUCAAGAUCAAACAACUUAUCCUACUGGUUAUGAUUCUCAUCCAUGUGCAUUAGUGGUUGGUGAUUUCAACAAAGAUAAUCAACUAGAUAUUGCUGUAGCUAAUUAUGGUACUGACAAUAUUGGUAUUUUUCUUGGAUAUGGUAAUGGAACACUUACAAAUCAAAAAACGUAUACAACUACUCUGAAUUCAAACCCAUCUUCGAUCGUUGUUGGAGAUUUAAAUAAUGAUAAUUAUCUCGAUAUCAUAGUCACACAUUAUGGUACUGGCAAGAUUGGUAUAUUUUUCGGCUAUGGUGAUGGUACAUUUGCAGCACAAACUACGUUCUUAAUAAACACUAAUUCGCAUCCAUAUUAUAUUACUGUUGGUGAUUUUGAUAUGGACAAUCAAUUAGAUGUUGUUGUUGUUGAUUCAGACAACGAUCAAGUACAUAUUCUCCUGCAAUAUGAUAACAAAACAUUUGCUACAACGACUACAUAUGAUGGAAUAUCUAGAUCUCGUCCAAUCUUUGUCGCUGUGGCAGACUUUAAUAAUGACAAUCAAUCAGAUAUUGUUAUUGUCAACUAUGAUACUAACAACGUACUUAUACUUACCCAAUAUUUUAUAAAACCAUCAGUAAGACAAACAAAUUAUAGUAUUGGAAGAGAUUCCCGUCCGACUUCAGUCAUUAUUUAUGACUUCAACAAUGAUGAUCGAUUAGAUUUAUUGGUGAAUAAUUUUAAUGAUGAUAAUUUACUUUUACUAACUGGUAAUGAUAAUGGAACUUUUGAGCAAACAACAACAUAUUCCACUGGAAAUAAAUCAGCUCCAAAACAUUUUUCUAUUGGUGACUUUAACAACGACAAUCGUAUGGAUAUUGUCACAGCUAAUUACGGUUCUGAUAGUAUAGGCAUUCUUCUUGCACAAGAUAAUGGAACUUUUUCUAAUGUGACAACCUACUUUGUGGGCUAUGGUUCUAACCCGUGGUCGGUCGCUGUUGGAGAUUUCAAUAAUGAUAGUCAAUUAGAUGUUGUCACUGCAAAUCAUGGAUCUAGAGGUUUAGGUAUUCUUCUUGGACAUGGCAAUGGAUCUUUUGCUAAUGCGACGACAUACCAUGCUAAUAUUAUUGUUCUGCCCAUAUUAGUUGCUGUGGGCGAUGUUAAUAAUGAUAAAAAGUUGGAUGUUGUCGUCACUGAUGGUAGCUUGGACAAUGUAGUUGUCCUUCUUGGACAUGGUAAUGGAACUUUUCCUGAUACGAUUACAUGUUCUCUUGAUAGUUAUUCUGCUCCAAAUAGCGUCUAUCUUGUUGAUUUGAAUAAUGAUACUUAUCUGGAUGUUAUUGUCUCUACUUUAGAUGGCGGUUUCGUCGGUAUCCUUCUUGGAUAUGGAAAUGGAACUUUUCAAAAAAUGACAAAAUAUUUGUCUGAUUCUACAUCGUCUCUUUACCGCAUUGCUAUUGCUGAUUUCAACAACGAUCAUCGACAUGAUUUCGUUGUGACCGAUAUUGCAAAUGACGAAAUAAUUAUCUAUUAUGGAUAUGGUAAUGGCAGUUUCCAACUUGGAAGGAAGUAUUCUACUGGUUUUGGUUCGAGUCCAUAUGCCGUCACCACUGCCAAGCUGAAGAAUGACAAUCAAAUAAAUGUUGUUGUUACUCUCUGGGGCAAGGGAAAAGUUGGUGUUUUAACUGAAUAUACUGCUGCAGAAUUUGUAAAGAAAAAAACAUGUUCAACUGGUUCGGCUCCACAGCCAUAUUCUUUAGCUGUUGGAAAUUUCAAUAAUGAUAGUUUCGUAGACAUAACCAUCGUCAAUUCAGGAAGUGAUAAUUUAGAUAUACUUUUCAAUUCGGGUAAUGGUACGUUUGUAACACAAAUAACUUAUCCUAUUGGUGCAGAUUCAUAUCCACAAUAUGUUAUCGCUGGUGAUAUCAACAAAGACAAUCAUUUAGAUAUAGUUACUGUUAAUUCAAAGAGUAGUAGUAUUAGUGUACUUAUGGGGCAUAGUAAUGGAACUUUUGAUAUCCCAAGAGUGUAUUCAACUGGAGAAGAUUCAUAUCCGUUGGCAGUAGCUAUCAAUGAUUUCAAUAAUGACGAUCGAUCAGAUUUAAUCAUUGCAGAUGCAGGUACAGAUAGUAUAGGUGUACUUCUUGGAUUUCAUUAUACAACAUUUCAAAGUCAGAAGACUUAUUCUGGUCAUAAUACUGGAGUACCACACAAUAUUAUCACUAGUGACUUCAAUAAUGAUACGUAUCUAGAUAUUGCCAUUGCUUUUCAUUUGAGUGAUAACGUAGGUAUUCUACUUGGAUAUGGUCAUGGAAGUUUUGGUGUUAUGAUGACUUAUUCGACUGGAAAUCGUUCACAACCUGAAUCACUAGCUGUUCAUGAUUUUAACAAUGAUGGACGAGUGGAUAUUGUUGUCGUUAAUUCAGGCACUAAUGACAUAGGUAUUCUUCUUGGAUAUGGUAAUGGAAGUUUCGCUACCAUGAUAAGAUAUUCAACUGGAGAAAAUUCUAAGCCGGUUGCGAUCGUCUUAACCGAUAUAAAUAAUGAUGGUCGAAUAGAUAUUGUCGUGACCAACUCUGCUACUAAAAAUAUAGGUAUCCUAUUUGGACAUGGUAAUUUGAUUUUCGAUGACAUAAUUAUUUGUCCAACUGGAAAUAAUUCGCGUCCACAAUCUGUUGCUGUUGGUGAUUUUGACAAUGACGGUCAAAUGGAUAUUGUCAUAACUAAUUAUCAUGAUGACAGUAUCAGUAUAUUUUUAGGUUAUGAAAAUGGAAGUUUUACAACUCAAGUGACUUAUUCAGCAGGUUAUCAAUCCUGGCCGUCUUGGAUAACUGUUGGAGAUUUCAAUAAUGACAAUCGACUGGAUAUUGCUACUAGUAAUUUUAAUAUGAACAAUGUCGGUAUUUUUCUUGGAAAUGAAAAUGGUACUUUUGAUCCUGUCAGACCAUUCUCCACUGGAGAUGGUUCUUCUCCGCAUUUUGUUGAAGCUCGUGAUUUUAAUAAUGAUGGCAUAUUAGAUAUUGCUGUGGCUAAUUAUGGAACUAACAAUAUUGUUGUGCUUUUUGGAUUUGGAGAUGGAAGUUUUCUACUAGGAACCGCAUAUCGAACUGAUCUAGGAUCUGCACCGUAUGCGUUAGCUAUUGGCGAUUUUAACGAUGAUUCUCGGCUAGAUAUUGCUGUCGUCAAUGAAAAAUCAAACGAUAUAAGUAUCUUUCUUGGAUAUGGCAGGGAAUUUUAUGCUGGUGUAACAUCAUAUAAUAUGGGUUUUGGAUCGCAGCCACACUCAGUCGCUAUUGGGGACCUGAAUAACGAUGGUCGAUCAGAUAUUGUUGUAGCUAAUUAUGGUACUCACAAUAUAUCUAUUUUGCUUGGACGCAGUCAUGGAGUUUUUGAUUCUAUAGCAACAUAUUCAACAGGAGUUGGUUCUGCUCCAUACUCUGUUUCUGUAGCUGAUUUUAAUAAUGAUAAUCAAUUGGAUAUUGUUGUUACGAAUUCUGAAACUGACAAUAUUGCUAUUCUGCUUGGUUAUGGGAAUGGGACGUUUGUAAUUGAAGCGACAUAUUCAACUGGGGCUCGUUCUCGACCAUGUGCAGUUGCCGUAGGGGAUUUCAAUAAUGAUAAUAUACCAGAUAUUGCCAUUGCAAAUUCUGGCACUGAUAAUAUUCUUCUACUUUAUGGAUAUGGAAAUGGACUUUUCGGAAACAAAACUUUGUAUGCUCUAGGCUAUGAAUAUCGUCCGUACUCUAUUGCAAUCAAAGAUUUAAAUCAAGACAGUUGGAUGGACAUUGUUAUUGCGUGUGCUGGUACAGAUCGUGCAGAAACUCUAAUAAAAAUAUGUUAG